GUCAAAUCACUAGCGCCGCCAUUAUGAAAAUGAAAUGCAUGACAACCGCUACGUGAAACAAAAGUAGAUAAAAUAAAUAAGUAACGAAAACUAUUACUAAAUUUAAUAAUUUGGAGAGUAUGUCGACAGGCCGCGGUCGCGGGUACACUGGUCGCCACAGCCUGGUGCAGAGGGAGCUGCGGCCCGGCCUAGACCUGGACGACAAGACCAGGAUUGUUGCAGACCAGAUCGCCAGAGCUGCAGUUCCAGAUUCAUCAAAAGUGGAGCAAGUGAAGCCAGAGAUGGAAGAGCCAGUCAAAGAUGAUAAGCCGGUGCGGGAGAUGCCGGACACGCGCUGUGACGACGAGUUGCUGGUGGAACUGCUCUAUGUGGAUGAACAGUUUGCGCCAUUAUUGGUUCUGUUGGAACAGUUCUCACCAGGCGAGGACGGCAUACAGUUCAACAGGAAGCUGAGACACUUUGAGACAACCGUCACUAGCAUGUGUCCGGACGAGGCCAGGCUGCAGCAAGCGUUCUCGUCGUUCCGCGCGGCGGCGCUGCAGAGCUCGGUGACGUCACGCAAGCUGGCCGCCGUGGGCGCCUCCUUCACGCGCCAGCAGCGCCAACAGCUGCUGCGCGCCGCGCUGCUCAACGUUGUCAUGCAGGGCACAUUCACCAAAUUGGAUGUUUUGGAGCGCUCGAACCCCAUAUACCUGAUAAACGCUGCCAAUCUGAUGGGUGAUUAUUUUGCAGAGGCUCGAUUAUGCAACGGCAACAAAGUGCACAUACUGGCCAGUCCGCUGCUGCAGUACAUGCGAGCGCUGCUGGCCAGCGACGACCUGCGCGCGCAUCGGAGCCUGGCCACGCAGCUAAUGCAAAAUGGGAGAGAACUAUUAUCGGUGCUAGCACAAGAACUAGAAGAUCUGUCUAUAUCAAUAAGACUUCGUUUGCUAACACCACCACCUGUCAGCAUUAUAUGGCUUCUACUGUCAGGAGAUUUAUGUUUGAACAAAUUCCUUCCACUACCGAACACUCUGCAACAGUUCUACGCUGCACAUUUAGACUUGACUGUUGAUGAAAGUUUUAGCGAAGUGACAUAUGGUUCGUGGAAGAAGAACGAUUCAGAGUAUCGGUCAGACGUCAGUGCUGAAGCAGACAAAGUGGGCCUCAAUGUGUCACAGAUCAGUCUAACCAAUGACGAUGAGUCCAAACCUAAAUUGAGACCAAUAUUGGGAGCCGGAGCAGGGCUGUUACGUCAAGAACAGAUGACACAAGAGACAUUCGACACUUGGACUACGAAGAGUAAUUUGACCAAAAGAUAUGAUUUGAAUUCUUGGAGGCAACCCGAUGAAAAGAAAGAGGAAGUCGAACCGGUGUUCAACCCAACCGUGCUGCCACCGAACUUGCAGAAUUAUGUUGUCCCAGAUUACCCCCCACCCAACUAUAACAGUUACCCGGAGAACUAUGCAAAUUAUUUGCAACAAGGCGACGGGACGUACAUACAAAACUACUCGACACCGAAUUACAACGCUCCAGAGUUUGUGCCACAAUUCACAACUGAAUUACCAAAUAUAACUCAACCGGAACGAGUCAACAAUGAAAUACAGCAAACGGCAAACAUAAAGAAACCAGUAGAAAAUUGGCGCAAAGAAAAAACUGACGUAAAAGAAGACACAAAUAAGAUUAAAAAGAACUGGACUCGACAGCAAUCAAGGGACAGUCUCAACGAAGAAGAGAAAGAUGAGAAAUUUCGUUCAGUUUCUAGAAGUUCUCGAGAAUCGAGACAGUCUGUUUCGAGGUUAAAUCGAAGGAACAGUGGUGAGGGACGGUCGAAGACCCCACCCAGAAGGCACGUCACAGAAGUGCCUCGUAACCAGAAGUAUUGGGACCACGAUGACAGAUGUGACAAGGACUACAACAGUUAGUGACAGUGAGUGACAUUGGUGACGGAAUAGAUGUUGACAGAUGAUUUGUUUUAGUCUGCGGGCAUGGACUAAACUUUCAUAAUAAUAUAAUAAUAAUUAUUGUAAUAUUUUUUUAUGAAAAGUGAUCUCUUAGUUGUUUUUGUGCAAGGACGUAGGUUUGAUUCCCUGGAAGGCCUGUUUUGGAAUUGGAAAUUGUCAAAAUACUUGAAAAUGGUUGAGUGGAUUUAGAUACGGUAAGUAGCUUUGGAAUCUAAAUUGGAACACUUUUAUACAAUUAAAUUGAAUUUGAAAAUAUUGAUAUUAACAUUUUUGAUAUUUUUAACAACUUCAAUUUGAUUGAAAAAGUUGUACUGGUGUAAGCAAAUUAAUAAAAAUAUUUAAUUUUUUUUUCUUAAACUAAUUGUGAAAGUAGAUUAAUUAUUUUUUAACUAUGUUUUAUUGUUUUUUUUUUAUGUAAAAUUUUACCUUUUAUUGUCAUCUGUAAACAUCUAUUUAAAACUAUGUAGAAACUUGGAUUAAGUCACUUUUGGAAAUAGUGUUUCCAGGAAUAUAGGAAAAUUAAGACUCGAAGACUUAUUAUAUGUGACAAGACAUUUUAUAUAAGAGGUAAGAGAUAUGAAAUAAUACAGGGUGUUAUUUUAAGAUAAAAAAAUAUUGUUUAUUCAUUACUUCAGUUUAUUCCAUCCUUUAGAUCUACAUGUUUAAAACUUAACAGACUUAUACAGAAGAUAUUUUUCGAUCCCCAUAAUUUGUUUCUGAGUGUAAGAUGUUCUUUUUUAAACCUCUAACAAUGUUUGUGAAAAAUUUAUCUCCAAUUUCACGAUAAUAUCAACUUGGCAUUCAAAUGUGGAUAAUCAAAAUCAAAACAAGCACUUUUGACACGUCAGUUGACUAUUUGUAAAGAUUCUACCACCGGUUCGGAAGACAGGUUCUGCUGAGAAGAAACCGGCAAGAAUCUCAACAGUAGCUCUUUUUUCUUAGAAUCAGUGGACUUUUGUACAUAAAUCAUGUUUUAUAAAAUUAUAUGCAUACAAAACUUAAAUUUCCGAUGUUUGAAUUGUCUCGAAGUGUUUACAUAAACCGCGAACUUUUUAACUGACCAUUAUUAACAGAUCAGUUUAAAAUAUAACACCCUGUAUGUAUAUUAGCACAAAAAUGUAAGAUUUUGUGAUAAAAUAAUCAAGGAAAUAUUAUAAUAACUUUAAUCUUAACUAGCUAUGAACAGAAAGAGUAAUAAGUUUAAAGUUCGAAAGGGUUUAUAAUAAACUAGAGUUCAGUAAAUUAAUGAUCAAAUGUUUGACAAACUUGCUUGUCGAACUUAACUUUUUCACCAAGCCAUGCUUGUCAAACACAUUAAACAAAGCCGCAGAUAAUCAAAUUGUUUGACAAGCACAUUUAAUUUGACUAAAAGUUUGACAAAUUUUUCUUAGAAGAAAUCGAGCUAGCCGAGCUAACCAUGAAAAAUUUAGUAGUAAAUAAAUAUUAGUAAUCAUAAACACAAGGCCACUAUAAGAUAAUUUAAUAAUAUGGGCGUAAUGUAUGCAUUAACGCGACACGACGCGUUUGUCGCGGUGUGUUGCGUUUGAACGGUGCAGUCGCGUCCACGGACUAACAUUUAGGUAGACACUUGUUCCUUCAAUUAAAUAAUAAAAUGGAAAAAUAGAUGAAACUCAGCACUAAUGACAAGUUAAUAUGAAGAUUCUGUAAAAAAAAAUACUAUAAAAACGAGGGCGAAGAAAUUGUUAAGUGUCUUUAUAGAUUAACUAUUUACAAUUUAUUAAAAAAUCUUUUCGUUUUCAAUUUAUGUAAGGCGUAUUAAGUCUUAUAAAAAAAAUUGUGAUUGAUUUUAUUAAAUAUGGCAACAACACAAUUAUAAAGAAUAAAAAUGGUCAGGUAAAUCUGACACAAACAGAAAAGAGUACAAACUUAAAACGGAAAUAUCUUUAAUUUCCAAUCUUAUAUAAUAUUAAAUCUUGACAUAAAUUUGUUUACGAAUUCAUUCUCUAUAAUUUUGAAUAUUUUUUACCCAUAGACGCAAACAUUGAAUAUAAACAAAAAUUUCUUUGAAAGUUCGCCAUUGUUCUUUGCAUAUUACGGACUUGUAAAUUUCCAAUUGUAUUAAUCAACAAUGUGCCUUGCAAAACUUAUAGUUAAUCCUCAAAACUCCAAAGUUAAGGAGCUGGAAUUUAAUUUUUCUUUAAUCGCAAAGGAAUUCCUUCAAUCCCUUUGGACUGUUGUCAUAUAGACUAUUAACGCUUUUUACUUAGACAAUAGUCCAGUAAUACAAGGCAUUUUUUACAAAGAAAGUCAUGGUGAAACAUGGCUUUUUUUUAUACAUGGCUAAUAUUUAAAGAGGAAUAUUAGCCAUGGCUAUCAUUUAAAAAUAAAUAAAAAAAGCAAGAUAUUGCCUGUGUGGGUUUUAAAAAUUAGACUAAAUUAUUAUUUAUACGAAAGAAAAAAUAUUAAAUAGGAAUCAAAUAAAUAAAUUGUAGAGAAAUUUCUAAAAAUCCAUAGUCGCCUACAAAUUAAGGUCUUAAAUUACAAAACCAUUUUCUUAAAUAAUAAUCAAUCGGCUGGUAAUCAAAUAAGUAAUCAAAACAAAAUCAAAUCCCUCAUUCUCAAUUACAGCAGGGUUUUAUUUGACUAAUUAAAUUUUAUUUUGCUCAAUUAAAUGCUAGAUAUAAGUAAAUCAAUUUUUGUACCGCUAAAAUGACGACUAAAAAUUAAAAAAAAAAAAUUUAAAUAUGUUUUAAAAGAUAAACUUUAACAUAAAUGCUCAUACAUCUUUCCCUGUAGUGCGAUGUUAAAAUAUGCUGAAAAUAUAAAUUAAUACUAAUAAAAUUGUAGACCAAAUAUCCGAAAGUUCCUUAGGCCACCUUCAGACUCCACCAAAUUAUCUCCAUAUUGUUGCAUUGCGAGGUCUUAUGAACCAUUUUAACUUUUUAAACUAUAUUUUUAAUACGUAAAAUACAUAUUUUUAACAUGAAAAAGCAGUAUAUAAUUUCCAUGAAUUUGUCGUUUGUGAUGGAACAAAUCGCUGACUUUCUUGAAAAAAUUGUGAAAUAUGAAAAUGUGUUUAUUUUUUUUAAUGUGAUAAUUUGAUAUAAUAUUGUUUAUGAAACUAUGUAUUUUUUUUAGUUAUUUAAAUAAUUGAAAGCUAUGCUCGCCAAAAUAUUACUAAAAUUUAAACGCAUUUUUUUUUUAUCAACAAGAAAAGAAAGAAAUGACUGGAUUACUAUCAAACAUCUUAGAAUUAUGACUUCUUAAAAAUCAGGAACAAACACUAAUAAUAUUUUAUUCAUACUAGGUAGUAGAUACCCAUUUAAUUUAAAAAAAAAAACGCUUACAUUGUGCUAUUUUUUUAAAUAAUGUGUGUUUAUGACAAAUUACAUCAACUUGAAAUUACAAAAAUAAUAACAAAUAAUAUUUUUUUUAAAUAUUUUUAAGUCCUUUUUAAUGAUAACAAAAUGUUUUGCAUAAUAACGAAAAAAAAUGCAUAAUGGGUUUGAAUAUGAUUUUUGGUUAUUUUGUGUACUUGAGUCUAAAGUUCAUUCAGUCAGUACAUACCCCUACAUAUUUUCAAAAAACUUGUCGUUUUUAAAAAAAUGGUGCAUUAAUAAAUUAAUUUGUAUAUAUAGAUAUUAUUAAACAUAUUAAUAUUAAUUGACUUAAUUAAGUUAUAAUUUUAACACAUUUUAUGAUACUGAACGGCAUAAUAUAAAUCGUUACGAAAUACGCUAGACAGGAAGGUCAUCUAAUGUUAAGUGACGAUGCAGUCUUGAAAAAAUUGCAUACCCUCUAUAUAAUAAAAUACCUUUUAAUAGUAAGGGAGUUGGAGAGUGGAUUUUGGGAUUUACUUGAGCAUGACAAAUGUACAUGAGGAAUACCUUGCUUGUUGAGUAUUUGUACUAAUUAUGCAUGUACUAGCGGACGCCCGCGACUUCAUCUGCGUGGAAUUUACAUAAUUUUUGAAUCUCGUUAUAUUUCAUAUUUUUUAUGAUUUAUUAACAAAUUUUUAAAACUGUAACUCUAAUAAUAGAUGACUUUCCGUACAAACUUUCAACCCCUAUUUCAUCUUUUUCUCUUUUUAUUUUAGGGAUAAAAAGUAGCCUAUAAUCUGCUCCAAAGUCCGAUUUAUCAUAAUGCCAAAAUUCGUCUUGAUCGGUUCAGCCGUUUAGCCGAGAAAAAGUUACAGACAGACAGACAAACUUACUUUUGCAUUUAUAAUAUGAGUAUAGAUGUGUAAAUUUAGGUUAAGUUCGGUUACUGGCUAAAAGUGCAAUUCGAAAAUCUGACAGUUUGAGCGUAACCUAAAAGUAAAGGUUAAAAACUUAGAAUCCUCCUACUCAAAUCAUAAUUAUAUUAGUCAAAAUACUCAACAAAAUGCACAGGUAUCUCUACAUCUUGGGUGCUCAAAUGAAUCGAAAAAUCUUGUCUUCGGCUCCCCUACUAUAAUCGACCCCUCCAUAAUAGUAAACGACUGAAUCCAAAUAAAUAAGUAUAUAAUAAUAAAAUUAUCAUGUACCUGCAAAGAAACUAUGCACAAUUUCAUUAACUGACAUAGUUUUUAUUCAACGUAAGCUUAGCAAGUCUUUAGUUUUUAAUUAGUAGAUUAAUAUAAUAUAGUUUAUAUAAUUGAAAGCCUUCUACUUAAUGCAUAAUAUUUAAAGUUUUAAACUCUUUCUGACAUUUUUUAUGCACGUUACCUCAUAACUUCUCCAUUUGUUAACCAAUUUUGAGAAUCCGUUUUUUGUUUGAAAAAGAAUACUUUAUACAUAACAUCAUAUAUAACAUCGUGCCUAUGUCCUUUCCAUCGAUCGGUUUGAAGGCGGUGUCAAAAAACAAAAUAAAUUUUAAAAGCCUCUUUGACACACUCAGCACCGCCUUCAAAUCUAUCAACAGAAGCGACGAGUAACUUAGUGUAAUUUCAUAGGAAUUCAAAGUAUGAGUGUGAUUAUUAAACCAUUUUAUAAGUAGCAUUCAUACCAUUGACCUAUUAUAAUAAAAGGACGCACAAUCAUGUAGAAAAUUUCCUUUUAAAACUGGCCAAUUUUGCUUUGACAGUUUUAGAGUUAUUGGUAAAGAAAAUUAUACCUAAAAGCCUUUAAAUAUAGUCCAAUAUUCAAUAAAAUCCCAAAUUCAGAGCAAAUUCAACUUUAACGAUUGAGUUUAAGGUUGAAUUUGCAAAUGCGACUACUUGAAUUGAGUGCCAAGAAGUUGUGUUUGGUACUCAUUGAGUGGGGACGUUUUUGGUCGUUGAUUGUGCAUCCACUUUUUAAUAGGAGAUCGAUGAUUCAUACUUUACCAGUGACAUUCAUUAUCUUACUAAGUCGAUGUAAUAAGUGCAAAUAACUCUUCGUACUAUGUUUAUGAGUGAGACUUGCAAAGUAAGAGUGCAAAUGACAAAAUGUCUCGAAUUGACUUACUUGACAGUGUAAAGAGGGCUUAAAAUUGCUCGAAAAUGUACAUAUUAGUUAGGAUUUUAGAUUUAAAUCUUUUAGUUAGCUAGGCUAGUUAGGUUAAUUGUCAUGUGAACGCGCCUUUAGACUACGAUUCACAUGUUUUGGCGGAGGUAGUUAUAAUAUAGACUAAGGCUUUAGGUAUAUUGAAAAUUAUGAAUGGGAAAUAGCGUUUUAGACUUUAAAAAGUUGAUCCUAGGAAGCACUAUCGCUUUGCUUAUUUUUGUCGCCACAGCGUUGCUGUGCUGCAUCCAAGUUUGGAGGCAUUUACAUCAGUGAUUCCCAAAGUGGUCUAUAUCGACCCCUAGGGUCUAUGACAAACUGCAAGAGGUCUAUGUCAGCGAAAAAAAAUUUGGGGGGACCAUUAAAUUUGGUUUCCACGAUAGUGGAUCAUAACACUGAUAUUACCUAUUUCUUACAUCAUAUUAUCUUAUAAUAUCAAAACAUAUACAUUAUUUUAAAAGUAACUAUGAAGUAAAAAAAAUAUUAUAUAUGUUUAUAAAAUUGUGUAAGUUGUAGGAUACAGAAAAUCAAUAUCAAAUAAAUAGGGGGUCUACCCAACACGGAAAAACAUGGCAAGGGGUCUACGACACAAAAAAGUUUAGGAAACUCUGAUUUAGAUAAUCACAACAUUAAUAAAUUGAAAAGAAAAAUCAAAUUACAAAAACAUUUACUAUUUGCCAAAAGUUAUUUAUUUAAAUAAAUUAAUUUUGGGACAGAACAAAUAUAAAGUGAAACAAAAGUGUUAAUGUGGCUGUAAUUUAAAUUACAUAUACUCUACUUAAUAUCUCUUUUCUCUUAGAAGAAGACAUAUAAUAAAAACAGCAGGAAAAAUAUGGAUGCUUAGGGCCAAAGAUAAAGAUGAAAAAGAAUGGCUUUUACCCUUAGCACAUAAUAAAAUAACAGAAAUGCAAUAUUUUAAAAUGAUUUAUGUAUUUUAAAAUAGUUAAGUCGAAAAUAAAGCUAUAAAUAAUACUCUUCCUAACUUAUCACAGCAAUGCUGCUUGGCGACGAAUAAGCUGUGUGAUAGAACUUUCCCUGAUAAAUCCUGAAGUGUAGAAUUGUAGAUGGCGUUAGUAGUACAAUAGAUUGCGCGCUCUUUUGUUUAAUUUAACUGUCAAAUUGCCAACAAAUACCAUAAUAACUUCACCGUUCUGCCGCUCAGAGAUUGCGGUUUCGACACCUGUCAAUGAGAGAGAUAAUGUCAGUGUCAUUGAGAUAUUUAAAUGUCUUUUAUUAACCAUAAUAAAGAGUGAUUAAAUAAAAAAAUAAAUAUUUAUUAUUAUAACAAGUAAGUAUGAAAAGGUGACAUUGACAGGUGUCAGAAACGCAAUCUCUGGGCGGCCGGACUUUAGGUACUAUAAUAACAUCUGUAAUUUUUCAUACAUUCAACUGUUUUUAUUUUGAUGAAUAGAUGUAUGGACUUAAACCUCCGCCUAUAAACAAUGUAUGUAAUAUAGUUUUAAUUUAAAUUAAUAAUAUAAUACGGUAGAUUUUGUAAAAUUUAAGAAAGGAAAACGUUUUGGUUUCUGAGAUAUUUGGUAUAGAACGUCGGCCAAUUUUGUUAAUAUUUAACAAGAGGACAGAAACUUAGUUAAUUCAUUUUUUAAAUGAUAUACCUACGUACGGUAUGAUUUUGUGGAAAAUUAUGUAAUCUCGAAUUAAAUGAAAUUAAAUUUC